AAAAACCCUAGAAUCUAUAUAUUUGCGCCAUUACUCUCAAUUCGCCGCUUUGCUACUGCUAGGCAGACCUCCCAAUUGAAGCACUCUUGAGAAGCAACAGAGGCUUCAUUCAGAUCACAUAUCAGCAGCCAUGGUGAAGUAUUCGAAGGAACCCGAUAAUCCCACCAAAUCCUGCAAGGCAAGGGGCUCUGAUCUUAGGGUUCAUUUCAAGAACACAAGGGAGACAGCUUUCGCCAUUAGAAAGUUGCCAUUGGUUAAGGCUAAAAGGUAUUUGGAGGAUGUUAUGGCCCACAAGCAAGCCAUACCAUUCCGACGCUUUUGUGGUGGUGUUGGACGUACAGCACAAGCAAAGAACAGGCAUUCUAACGGACAAGGUCGCUGGCCUGUAAAAUCAGCAAAGUUCAUUCUAGAUUUGCUGAAGAAUGCUGAGAGUAAUGCCGAGGUUAAGGGUUUAGACGUCGAUGCACUCCAUAUUUCUCACAUCCAGGUUAACCAGGCCCAAAAACAAAGACGUCGUACUUACCGAGCUCAUGGAAGAAUCAACCCUUACAUGUCCUCUCCUUGCCACAUUGAGUUGAUUUUGUCCGAGAAGGAAGAACCUGUCAAAAAAGAGCCUGAGACUCAAUUGGCAGCGAGCAAGUCCAAGAAGUCCCCAGCUUCUUCUUGAGUGAAAAAGUUUGAAACUUUAUCAAUUCAGUUAAUGUAGUGAUUUCUGGUCUUUGGAUUUCAUACAUUAUUUUUGAAGAAGUUUUUGACAUUAAGAUGUGUUGGAUGGUUCCUUUUAUUUCAAAGCAUGUUUUAGUCAAA